UCAUUGAACAGCAUCGCUGUCAGUCGGGUUCGCUCACGCUUUGCACCGCCCGCCUCCCCGGUUCUCUGUCUGUUGAGACCGCCGUCAUAUUGGCUGCUAGAAGCAGCAGCGACCACGGCAGAAAAGAAGACCCCCACCAUGACGACGAACGGCCACUCGCACCACUUAAACAGCAAUUUAACAUUUUAAUUAUUUUUAAAGAUUAUUUAGGUAUUUUUUUAUAUUCGGGAUGAUCCCAUCAAGUGUCCCGGUACCUUUCGUGCUUUCAUCCGAUACCGUGGUCCGCAAAGGGGAUAUGUGCCUGACUUCUCUUAAUAGCCAUUUUUUGCAGACAAAGAGAGCUGUUGAAUAGGGCUUUCAGGAAGCACACGGGUCCCAGGUGCUCCUGUUGUUGAAGAACGUGGGCAACAUGUGGAGCAACCUGAAGAGCAAAUGCCAGACGCUCUUUCACAACAGUAGUUCAGGACUUAGUGACAGCAGGGUUGAGGCAGAUGCUGUCCACUGUGUGGUGGACCUUGGCCAAGGAGGCAGCCCAGGCGAGGAGGAGGCACUGGGAGCCUCCAGCCCAACAAGGAGCCUCCUGCCAGUGCCAGUUGUAAAAGCAGCUCGUCGCCAUCACAACUGUGUGUCAGACAUCCCUCAGAUAGUAGAGAUAAGUAUUGAUAAGGAUACUGAGGAUGUGCGAGGUGGAUCAGGAGUUCCCUUGGCCCGUAGAGACUCGUAUUCCCGUCAUGCCCCAUGGGGGGGUAAGAAAAAACACUCAUGUUCCACCAAAACUCAAAGCUCUCUAGAGGCUGAUAGACGCUCUGGGCGAUUGCGAGGGAGUGGGAACCGUCGGGACCGGCGAUACGGCAUCAGCUCCAUCCAGGAGUUAAAUGACCCUGUAUCUGGAGGACGGAGUCUGAAUACUCGCUCUUUGCGCCAGCGGCUAAGUGAUACAGUCGGACUAUGCUUACCCCUACCUGCUCGCAGGCGCUCCCGCUCAUGCAAGAACACGGUCACCUCUAAACGUAAGAUUCACCUGACGGAGCUCAUGCUGGAGACAUGCCCUUUCCCACCUGGCUCUGAUUUGGCUAACAAGUGGCACCUAAUUAAGCAACACACUGCACCAGUCAGUCCGCAUUCCUCUACUGCCCUGUUGGAUGCAUUUGACCCAGCGCACCCCUCUCCUGAGGAUGAGGAAGAGCGCCUUCGUGAGCGCCGCAGACUUAGCAUCGAGGAAGGGGUGGACCCACCACCUAAUGCACAGAUCCACACCCUAGAGGCCUCAUUGCCAGGCUCCUCUCUCUACAAACUGGGACCAAAGAUGGCUCCUGGCAUUGGGGAGGCCUCUGGGGAUGGCCGGGCCUCAGGGACUAGCAGCUCUCUGGGUGCUGGAUCAUCAGGGGCCUGUGCGCAGUUGCUGGGGGCUUCAGCAUCGACCCAAGACUGUGACUCUGAGGAGGAUUCCACCACCCUCUGCCUACAGGCCAGGAGGCCCAAGCAGAGGCAUGCUUCUGGUGAGGGUCACAUGAGCCGACAGCAGCCUGGACCCUGGAAGGUUCACACCCAGAUAGACUACAUCCACUGCUUGGUGCCAGACCUAUUGCAGAUCACAGCACUGCCCUGCUACUGGGGCGUGAUGGACCGCUACGAGGCUGAGGCGCUCCUGGAUGGACGGCCUGAAGGUACCUUCUUGCUCCGUGACUCGGCUCAGGAGGACUACCUCUUCUCCGUUAGCUUCCGCCGUUACAACCGCUCACUGCACGCCCGCAUUGAGCAGUGGAACCACAACUUCAGCUUUGAUGCUCAUGACCCCUGUGUUUUCCACUCUUCCACUGUCACAGGCCUGCUGGAGCACUACAAGGACCCCAGCGCUUGCAUGUUUUUUGAACCCCUACUUACAGCUCCUCUUCAUCGAAACUUCCCCUUUGCCCUGCAGCACUUAGCUCGAGCUGCCAUCUGCCGCCGGACCACUUAUGAUGGUAUAGGCUCACUGCCGCUCCCUCCUGCCCUGCAGGACUUCCUCAAAGAGUAUCACUAUAAACAAAAAGUACGAGUUCGCUGGCUGGAGAGGGAACCACCACUCAAAGUGAAAUAGGGUGGGCUUCUCUAUUGUCUGUAGACGCACUGCAGAAGGAUUACAGGACUUGGAGGAAAUUCCUUAGUGGCCAUUUAGAGACACAGCUCUCUUUUUGGUGGGGGAAUUCAAAUAUAACAAGCUAUACAAGAUUCAUUCUAAUAUUUGUUUUAGUUAAGACUUACAUCACAGAAAAUGCAUAUGAUUAUAUUCAGUAUAACGCUGUUGGACAAGCACGUUUUUGUGUUGAACAGGUUGUUUUGAAAGGAUGGGAGAGCAUAAAUAUCAGCACUUUGUGUCUUUUCUUUCCUGUUUUGUGCUAAAUGUCUGCCUGAUCCCACAACGUCACCCUGCCUGCACACCUGCCUGCAUGCUUCCCCUGUUCAUCCCAAAAUGCUAGUUAGGCCUAAAAUAAUGUGUAAAUCUCUCUCCUUUUUUGUUUCUUUGCUUUUCAAAGCACCUAGUAGAACACCUCCACAUGAAGGGUUUUAAGGUGUGUUUAAGUUAAGAGGGCAUCUGUAGGUGCGUGCUAAUGGUAUACCACAGCCCAAGCUUGUCCCAUGGACAGAUCUAAGUAAGGCAUGCCAUCUCUUUGCACAUUUGAGCAUCACCUAAGCCAGACACAGGGACACAUACUGCAAGGCUUCAUCGAUUUCACUACAGCACAUCAGGGAAAUAAGGUGCUCUUUAAGGGCUAUGGAUUAGUUCUUAAAAAGACAUUCUUUUACUAAAGAAGUAAAGGUUAAGAAUAAAUAAUUAAUCAGUCUAAUGUCCCAUUUAGUGUACGAGCUUAACAUGUCAACUUUAUUGCCUCUGUUGCACCACUGCUUUUUAAUUGAAAGGAAACUGGUCCGAAAAUCCCCUGCCGCAUCUUGCGAAUGUUAGUCGCCCGUCGACGGCCACAGGCACUUCAGCUUGGUGCACAAUCCUGUACAGCCAUUUCAUUCCUUCUAGACUGACACCAGUCUGCAAUUAAGCAGUUUUCUUCACUGAGAUAUGUUAUCGCUUUGUAGUGUUUGGUUUUGCACCCGCGUCGUUUAGUUCUUUUUACAUUUACAGAAAGGAAACCUGGCACAUCCAGGUUUGGCUACACUAAGGACACAGUUGGCUCCGGCAUCAAUUCAAACUUGUUCACUAGAUAUGUAGUCUCUGCUAAGAAUGUACUUAUUACAAUAGUAAAGUUGAUUCUACAUGAUUAGAUUUUACUUUACAAAAUUUUAUCAAAGAAAUGUAAUGCAUGUGAAGCACUAACCAAUAAGAAAAAGGUCAUGUAGCCUUUGAAUACAUUCUUACAUUUUUUUUUGUACUUGAACAGUGCUGCUUUUUUAAUAAUCUAAAUGAUUUUACUUGUGAGACUUCAGUUCUCUGCUGUAGUGCAAAUUUCAACAAUUUCAGUGUAGCCUGUGUGUCCUUAAAUGGUGGUCAACUUGGAGGGGGUAGCGUUCCAGUAAACCGUUAUGCCAUCACUUGGCAAAAAAAGAACAAUGAGAAGGUGCAUGACACACCUACCCGUGGUGCACGUUCAAGUUAGUGGUGCUAUGACCGGUCAUAUUCAUUUGAUGCACGCUUCGGUCUCUCGCCAAAGUCUGGUGGUGGAAAUAAGUUUUUAGUGGGUCCAAUACCAGCCCUACUGUGGCAGACUUCCGUGCAACACGCCCAUGUAUGACCAGCUGUCAACACUCAACUUUAUGAACAAAUCCUAAUGAGAACUGGCGAAGGUUAAUGCUUUACUGAGAGUAUUUUUGUGAUAACAAUCCAACUUUUAAACACUUCUCCUAUCAGCAAACUUAUUAGCAGCAAAUACACUUAAAUAUUGAAUUCAGUUGAACUUUUAAUGAAGCGUGACUAACAGAAUGGAAAGUUUACAGACGACGAUUUAGCGUGCAGCACAAAAAUAUCAAACAUGAACGUGAUGAUGACUGGAAAGACUGUAUUGUAGUUCUCAAUCUAGUUAGAAUUCUCAUCAGCGAGAGUGAAUAAUGAACAAAUGUCAUGGUUUCUUGCCUAUGAAUAUACGUGUUUCUGCUAAAAGCUCUUGCACACAGCGGUGUCUUGUUUACUGAAAUAAUGCAGUACUCGGUGGUGUUAGAGUUAAGCUAUUUGUCAGAUUUACAAACACGUGAAGGCGUUUCCACGCUGCAGUAUGUAAGACUCAGGCUGCUGUUUUUGUUAUAAUAUUUAAUGCCAUAUCAAGCUCACGUCUGUAUUCUGACCACUAGGGGCGUAACAGUUCUGAAACUGCAGUGCCGUUCGAAAUUAGUUAACUAAUCCAACUUUGCGCCACAGCGGCAUGAAUCUGGAGAAUCGUUACCCCCCUACUGACCAUGUUCGGUUUGUUUAACACUUUUUCACAUAAUUAUGAUAAUUACCUGCUUACAUUUUGGAUGACUUUGCUUUUACCGUGUAGCCGGAGCUUGACGGCAUGUUAUUCAUGCAUCAAGUUGGCAGGAAUAACUGUCCUGAGGGGAGUAAGGCUGACAUUUGCAUUGCUUGCAUGUGGACCUUUUUUUUGUUUUAGGGUUUUGAACCAUGUUGUCAAAUAGAAAAUAUGUAGAUCUAUGUAAAAAACCUGCGCACACACACCAUACUGUCUUUCUCACUGCCACCUGGUCAUUCUACUGCUGCUUAGCAAUAGCAUCAAAGUCCCUACUGUACCCCAGGUCACAUGCAGGAACUAAUCACAGGAUAUUUUUGCCAUGUUGAGACAUAAAUUUACCACAAGAGCCACUCUGUUGUCUAACGCCUGAAAACAAUAUCUAUCUGGCCUCAACCUCACUGACCGUCACUGUGCUUUGAUGUAUGAUGUACUUCAUGUGUGUUGGUCCUGAGUUUCGCUCUUACUCCCAAUCUGUCAGUGUGAUGUUAGACUGGAUUUAACAUUGAGGAGAAGCAAAACAGGCUUAUUAAGAGUCCCAGCCUUCUUUAGUGACUGUGGCAUGCAUGCAGAGAGGAUCUGAGAUUUGUUGGAGUAAAUAGCACUUUAAUUUUGUAUUUAUGUCCUAAAGAGAGGUCUGCAGGUGCAUAGAGUUGAUGAAAUUAAUUUGUGGCUUUCCUUUGUGGUCUUGUUCUCUUGCUUUGACCUAAAAUGCCAUAUUCUUAGCCACUGUUCAAAGUCUAUACACCAAAUAUAGAUUUGAACGCUUUCAAACAUACUAAAAGCUGUGAUUUGUGUUUUCUCAGAAUCAAGAAUUAGAAAUAUGGACUCAUUGCAGCUGAAACUGUUUAAUUACUUUAGGGCAGUACUGUAUGUGCAUAAGCUCAAGGUGGCAAGACUUGUUUGGGUGUUAGAAAGGAGGAGAGAGUCAGAAAAGCCAGCGGUCCCGAAGCAUUUCACCUCUGUUCAGGCGUGUGAGCUGCCUCGAUGCUGCAGUGCAUGGGAGUGACGCGUGGAUGCAUAUGUGAGCAUUGACAGAGCCACUCACGGGGAUGCAGAGUUGACUGUGAGGGGUGAUGACACUAACUCCUAUGAACAAUUCUCUCUGCCCUUGUUCCACCCCCACCCCUUUUUGUAUUCUCAGGCAGGCCUGUUUGCAAGGAGAGUCCCAGGACCCUCUCACCCCAGUUUUUCCCCAUGGGAAAUAUCUGACAUUAACUGUAGCACAUGUUUGCCAUAAUACCCAGACAUGUAGGAGAAGGAAACGCGAGAAAAGAACACGCAUGUGUGAGAGAGAGUUGUGUAAUAUAGCCUGAUGUGGUCCGUUUGAUGUCUGCAACACACAUCCAUUUGCACACACUUUUGUGUCCAAUGUCCGCAUUAGCCCAGGUGUCGGCACACACCCACACCCUCCUCACCACCAGUAAUGUGUAAAGGUAGACCACCAUUAGCCAGCAUUAACGUUCUGUGUAACCCCUGCCCCACUCAAAAGAGAAGACAAAGUUGGGUGUUUGUGUGUGUGUGUUUUAUGUGAACUUCAAAAAAGGAAAAAAAAAACUAAAUGCCGUGAAUUUAACUAAUAUGACCUUUUAUUGUCAUUAGUAUGACGUCAUCUCACUGCACUACGAGAGCCAGGAAACCACUGGGUCUGGCCGUGGGUGGGAGAUGAGCUGGUUGUGUCGCUAGCAGAGUCCUCUCACCACCCAUUGCCCCUACCUCGGUACGACUCAUGGCUUCAGCUCUAAGAGGACAAAUGAUAAAAAAAAAAAAUAUUUUCUUUGUUCCCAUAUAUAUUUUAGAAAGCUGGGUUAAGUGCUAUAUGCAAACAAAAAAAUAAGAUGUAUGAAAGAAAUAUUAUUUUUCAUUAACUUUCCCUAAUAUGCAAUGGAGUGUAGUGUAACAAUGGUUGCAAUCCUCUGUCACUUUAAUGCUGUAAUGUGCACAUUGGUUGUUGUGUGGAUGUGGGUGUCGAGGCCUCAGCACUUGACAAUGAUGGGAGCUAAUGGUUGUCACUCUGCAGCACACUUGUGUUCCCGGAUUGCCUUAUUCGUUCUGACCAAUCACAAGAGCCCUUCAAAUCCUGGGCUGCGGUCGUUGGACGAAUAUCGCCGUUUACUUCUUCUGCUUUCUCUCUCUUUUUUUUUCCUAGCCCCCUCCUUUUCUGCUCUUCAGCUGUCUGGUAGUAUUUGGAGCGUGUAAAUGGCAUAAUCAUGUUCACAUCUCACUUGUCUGCUCUGUGUACUUGCGUCAUUGUUCAACGACAGAAGGCGACCUGUUUUCCAGUAUAACCUGUUCAUUUUAGGAGCCGUAUAUUGAGACACUGUCACUCUUGGUGCUUGGCUUAUGCUUCAUUGUCUUAAUAUUCCAAAUAAAACUGUUAAGUGUAACCCACACUGGCCCAUGAUAUAA